AUGGUGAGCCCUGCAUUCGGAUAGUCCUCAGCUCUCGUUCCAGUCGCUCACCUUAUGUUUAUCUUAGCUGCUCAUCACUCUAGUUCAGAUCGCGCGUUGGCCGACUCGCUGGCAUCCGAGCCUCGCACCGAACCACUCUGUGACUUGUUCGACCAUACUCUGCACAUCCCUCCCUCAUCAGCACCAUCGAAAGAUCACCGCCCUUCCUGUGGUCUCGAAUCGAUGCAUAUGUCACUCGACCCACAUCGCCGCGCCCCGAACACCACUAUCGACCGGUGACGAUCUCCUCCGCCACCCCCACAUCGUUCACUCGUUCACUCUCGUCGACAACAUUGACCGAUCGCACGAGUGCAAUCACUCGCUGUCACAUGUCUUUCUUCGAAUCGAAAAGUCUCAUCGACGCGGGAAGCUCUCGGAAUCUGUUGGAACAUGUGUUGCACGACUCGGCGAACACUUGCUCGAUGCCCGUUCGAAGCUUUGCACCCGUCAUCGACCUUCGGUCCGAUCCACCGUUCGACCGACCGAACUGACAAACCUCUUCUGCCCGGUCUCCUCCUGUCUACGCCCAUCCCAUCACCAACACGUGCGAAGUAACAAUCCGUUCGCCCCUCGCAAUGGCCGCCUCGACCGCCUCGACCGUCGACCUUCCACUCGAUCGACAUGGACUUACGGUCAUUAA